AUGUCACUCUCGGCUCUAGACGCAUUGAUUGACCCAGUCACACUCAGCCCACGCUCCUCAUCGGCGCAUAUGCAAAAUUGGGCCGGUGUGUAUGCAUCAGACAAGGCAUCUACGCAUGACGGUGCAUUUUCUCACAUUGAGCGUCGUGUAUUCUCUCCCAACACGAUCGAGCAAGUCGUUGCGAUCGUCGAGCGCGCGCGCAGAGCAUCCAUGCCAGUUCGUGCCGUCGGUCGGCGCCAUUCACCCUCUGAUUUGCCUUUCUCUCUUGGCUGGACCAUCCGUACAGAUGAAUUGUAUGGAAUUGUACAUAUCGACAAGGAGGCUGGUGAGGCGUGUGCGCUUGGGGGCACGUACAUCAAGACACUCUCAGCUGCACUCGCAUCGCAUGAUCCUCCCAUGUGCCUGCCCAACCUCGGCUCUAUCAGCGAGCAGACAAUUGCCGGACUCAUUUCCACUGCUUCGCAUGGCUCCGGAAUUCACUUCCCUGUUCUCUCCGCUCAUGUUGUGGCCCUGGACGUGGUGUGCCCUCUGUCCUCUGGCACAGAAGUCCUGCGAUGCAGUCGGACAGAGCGGCCGGACCUGUUCAAUGCCUCGCUCUGUGGCCUCGGCGCGACGGGUGUCAUUGUCUCUGUGACACUGAACGUGGUCCCGGCCUUCCGCCUGUUGCAAGUCACAGAAGAAGUGCCAACGGAGGCGCUCCUUGGCGAUGCGGUAGCGGCCAACUCGAUGCCGUCACUGUCUACACUGCCUCCAGACAUGUUAUCAAUGCAAUCAUAUGACUCGUUCAUCGAGCACCCCGCGUGGCUCGGCAUCAUGCUGGCACAUGGUGUACCUCUACCACCACCACGUGCUCAUGACUUGGCACCAGCGUCGCGUAGUCCGGAGUGCGUGCAUCCAUUUGAACCGUCCGCAUCGGCUCCAUCUUCACCUUCGCUUGUUCCAUGGAACGUCGCUACUGUCCAGGCGCACAUUGACCAGCUGGUCGAAUCUGCCCAGCAUGUGCGUUUCUUAUGGUCGCCACAUGCGAACAUGAUCACGAUUGACCGGGCUAAUCGUACAGAUGCACCUGCUGACGAGCCGACCUCCUCCAUCUUCUCUCUCAGGCAUGUGUCGCCUGCACCGUUGAUCAAGGCCAUGCUCUUUGCCUCGCGCUUCCAUAAGUCUCUUCCAUCAUUGGCAGCGCGUAUGACGCACUAUCUCACACACCCAUCGCCUCCUACACAUGCACGCGACCCCGCAGCGACACCUGGUGGUCUUCACCCAGUACGCACAGAUACAGCCAUUUCCGUACGUGUGGACGACGCGCCGCGUAUCUUCAACUUUGACUGCCUCUGCGAGCAGUACACCACAGAAUAUGCCAUCCCCUACGAGUACACGGGUGCAGCGCUCGUGGCCCUUCGUGCUUGGCUGAACUUGGAACACGCCCAAGCAAAUGGCGAGCGCUUGCAUUUCCCCGUGGAAGUACGGUUCGUCGAUGCAGAUGGAAUUUGGAUGAGCCCAUGCUAUGGCCGGCGCUCCUGCUACAUUGGCAUUGUGCAGUACCGUCCGUACGGAUGGCCUGUCCGCUACCGACGUUUGUUCCGUCGCUUUGAGUCAUUGAUGCGGCAGUUUAAUGGUCGCCCGCAUUGGGCCAAAACCCAUACUUUAUACCGACAUGAGCUGCUGCUACACUAUCCACAUUUGAGCGACUGGUUAGCCACUACAGCCAAAUUCGACCCCCAGCAUCUGCUGGUGAACCCGUAUGUUGCCCGGCAUAUCUUUGACGAGCACGCUGCUGGACGCCAAGGCGUCUUUCGUAAGAGCAAAAUGUGA